CAGCUGUUUCAAAGUUUGGGCCACUAAAAUAAGCUGAAUAAGUUAAUGAGCUGUACCUGUUCUCCCAAAGAAAGGAUCUUCAAAAAACAGAGGUGAACAAUGCAGUUCUAUUUAUUCUCCAUCUGCAUUCUGUUACUUCGUCCCCCCACUUGCAAGGCUACAGAAGGGACCACCACGCCUACUGCCACUGCUUCUACAGGCUCCCCAACAUCAGCCAGACUCCCCAACACCAGCACUGCUGGCUCCACCAGCAGCAACACUUCAGCCACCACCUUGGCUCCUACCCCUGCUGGACCCGACACCACCAACGGCUCGGCUCCUACCACUGCCAGAGUCAAUGUCAGUUCUAGGCCCAACACCACUGUCUUGGCUCCAACUGCUGCCAGUUCCAACACCAUGAACGGAUCGACGCCUGCCAGUUCCAGCUCUGCCAAAGCCACCAUCUCGGCUCCUUCCGCCACUGGCCUCGCCACCAGUACCUCAGCCCUUGCCAGUGUCAACCCGACCACUGCCACCAAUGCCACUGUCUCAGCUUUUACCACUGCCAGAGUCAAUGUCAGUGCUGGCCCCAACACCACUGUCUUGGCUCCAACUGCUGCCAGUUCCAACACCAUGAACAGAUCGACGCCUGCCAGUUCCAGCUCUGCCAAAGCCACCAUCUCGGCUCCUUCCGCCACUGGCCUUGCCACCAACACUUCAGCCCUUGCCAGUGUCAGCCCCACUGCCAUCAAUGCCACCAUCUCGGCUCCCACUACUACUACCAUGACCUCUUCCACAGCCAGCCUGGCCACCACCCACACUGCAACUGCUGCCAACCCAGCCCAUUCCACUACUGGGGUUCCUUCCUCUGCUAACCUGACCACCAUCUCUGCCACCAAGGAUACUACUACUGUUCCUUCCACUGCGGGCCCAGCCACUACCAACCAGGAUACUACCACCACCAGAGCUCCCUCCUCUGCCACCAAGGAUACUACUGCUGUUCCUUCCACUGCGGGCCCGGUCACCACCACCACCAGAGCUCCCUCUACUGCUGGCCUAGGCAGUACUGAGGUUCUUCCUUCCUCUGGCCCAAAAACCACUAACCAGGUUUCUCCUCCUGUUCCACAGAACACCACCUCUACCCCCGGUCGGUUUACGACCACCAAGAACAGAGCUGGCACAUUCUCAAUGCCUCCACUUGUUGCACUGGCUUUACUUGCAGUUUCUGUACUCAACGAGUAAGACAGCAGCCGGUGCACGGGGGGGGGGGGACUUUUCCUCCUCUCACGGUCAGCAAGCCAAGAAGCAGUUGCUUGUUACGCUGCUUCCUGCACUAUCCACUUGCAAUACCUUCAAUGAAAAGAUGUGCCGGGGUGGGGCGGGCGCUCGGAUUCUGGAACCAUCAUAAACAUUCCAAAUGCUGGGAGGGCUGCAGUGGUUUCCAGUGUCUUCGGUGAUCCUUCAGAGUGGAGGCUUCAGCGCUGCUGGUGGGGAGUCAACUUCUAGACACACCGUUUAGCUUGCAUUGAUAUUAUGCCCGAGGCAAGAGACAGCAGCACAGAUCCUGCUUUCUCCAGAGAACUACAGAAGCUGGAGCCCGCCACUUGCCCAAACAGUGGCCCUCCCUUGGGGUGUUUUCUUUGGUGUCCUGGACACAAACGAGAAAGCCCCCAUGACCUGGCUACACUGGACCUCAUCUGGCUACUAGAAAAAUCCACUGCUCAGGACCUGCCUCACUUAGCAGCUCCUACACUCAGCAGCCAAUCAGGAGGACCCUGAAGCAUCCUGGGAAAAGGGCAGCAACUUUCACUCUCAGCCCUGCACCAAACUUACCAUGAAAAGCCCACUAAGAAAAAUGCGGCACUUAAGCUGGUUCAUUCAAGCCUUCAUCGUGCACAAACUAUGGUGGGAGAGUAGCAGAAAAGCCCCCAAGUCCUUACAGACGUCCUGCUAGAAACCCACGAAGCUCUCUUUCCCAAGGCCAACGAGGAGCCCUUCCAAACCUGAAGAUCCCCUACGCUACGCAUCAUGCUGGAAAUGUGCUGCACUGUAAAAUUCAAAUAAUGUGAAUGUCCUACAAUAUAUUUAUUGAAAAAAAAAA